AUCGGGACGGACUACAAAGGGAGAGACGUCUCGUGCGGCCAAGGAUGGGUACACAUCACGUUCUAUUUCUUCUUCGGUGCUUUUCUUUUUUUACAUUUACAUUAUCUUGCCUCGUGCAGUUCUCAUUGAAUCGUCCCGGUCGUAUUCUCGCUCCCAUCAUCGUCUUCUCAACUGUAUGGAUGACCCUCGCUACUUAUAAUGGAUGACCAUAUGGGGUGUACCUCGUGUAGCUAUGUAUGUGCUCGGCCUACCGCUGCUGAUAUACCCUCACAUAAGCUUCUAGUAUUUCUACCUCUCUUCUCUCGUGCUUUCUUUAUUGUAAUGUCAAAAUUUGUCACCCACCUCAUAUGGGUUCGAUCAGAUAACGGCGGCGAUAACGACUUGACCACUUUCAACCACAUACCAUGUCCAACCCAGUCACUUGCACGUCCGGCAGCAAACCGACCUACAUUUACAAACUCGUUAACUACUCUUCUCCAACCCCUACUUCUGUCGAGGAUUUCCCGGAAAAACUACCGGUGAGCCCCAUCGACGAAUGCUCGGGCUUUCUCCACUUCUCCACCGCGAAGCAAGUCCCCAACACCCUAAAAUACUUCUUCGGCGCGGACCCCCACGUGUAUAUUUUGCGUAUCCCGUAUGACAAAGUGGAGAAGGAUAUUAAAUGGGAGGAUCCUAAAGCAGAGGUGUGCGGACCGCGUGGAGGGGAAGGGAUGUUCCCGCAUGUGUAUAAUGGAUUGAAGCUAGGGAAAGAAGAGGUCGAGAGCGUGAGAGUGCUGUACGGACGGGCUAACAGUGACAAAGGAGGGGGGUGGGAUGCGGCCCUCCAAGAAUCCGCAGACUGGCUUAUUUACUGAGCUCCGAUGGGUUCCACACAUAUUGCAAUGCAAUAUAGGGGUAAGUAGCCAUCGAAGCAAAAUGAUCUUCAAGCUUCGAGCAUUAUUAAACGCAGGGGCCUUUACUCGUCGCGGAGAGACAUCGAGUAGAAAUGCACACAAUCAACUCUCAACAGUCAAA